AUGGACUGGACUGCUGUCAGAAAUCAUUUUAAGCAGACUUGGUUGACUACUAUAUUGAGUCUUAUUUUGUUUUCUGGUGUUACUUACUUCCUGGUGUGGGCUGAGAGUCAAACUAUUCAAAGCAACCUAAUGCUAGAAGAACUGAUAUCAGCAGCAGAAAGUAUUGAUGUCCACACAGGCGAUGAAGCAGCCCGCUAUGAAGGGCGAGUGGUGCAUAUUGUAGGUCCAUUAAGAGUUUUGGAACCAAUAUCUGAACCAGAUUAUAACAUACAGGUCCAAGCAGUCAAAUUGAGAAAAAGGGCACAAAUGUAUCAGUGGAUUGAAGAAACUUCGGAACAAGAACACUUUUUAAGUGAACCGGCAGAAGAAUCACGAAAAACAUACUGGUACCACAAAGACUGGAGAGAUUAUGUAGUUGACUCCUCUCUGUUCUAUAUUAGACCUGGACAUCAAAACCCAGCCUCUAUGCCAUUGUUCAGUGAAACACAUAUUGCUGAGAGUGUUAAAAUUGGAUGGUUAUACUUAGGCAUAGAUGUUAAACGGAAAGUGAAUGAUUAUUAUGAAAUUUGGUCUGACUCCAGACCGGAACGCAAUGACAUCAAGUUACACUCUGGUUUCUAUUAUCACGGGGAGAGUGCGUUAGAACAUGAAAUUGGCGACAUGCGCGUUCAUUUUUCAUAUGCUGGUCGUGAGGACGAUAUCUAUACAGCAGUAGGUGAGGUAGAAAGUGGUGUUCUACAAGCAUACAGUGCUUCAAGAUUUCCGACAGCUGAUCCUAUAUGUCUCCUUCGAAAAGGAUCGUAUAGCUUAAAGCAACUACAUGAUCUAGAGAAACGGGAUGCAAACCUACAUACUUGGAAAUACAGACUUUUGGGUUUUGUACAAGUGUUUGCAUCAGCAAUGACUUUACAUCCCGACUGGGUGACACUAUUCUUACAGUGCCAAUGGAUAUCAAGUAAUUUAAGGCGAUGUACGAGAUUUUGGAUCAACUUAGUCUUAUCAUUUUCGUAUACCCUAUUCAUAAUAUCGAUACCCUGGUUAGUACACAAACCGACAUUUGGAGCGUUGGUGCUGGGCGGUGCGAUGUUGCCGCUCCUGCAUUACUCUACUGUAAUGACCCGGCGGGACACAACCCCAGAGCCGCCGCCCUACAACAGAUGGAAUAACAACACACGCUGA